AUGGCCGAAACGGAGGAGCCCCAAUACACUACGCUGGCGGAGAGAAUUGCUGCGCUCAACAAGAACAAGACAUUUGCCGCCAACGGGCCACCUGCAAACGACAAGGCCCGGGCCAUUUUCACCUGGUGUCAUCAUAAUAUUGCGUACGACACCGGGGCUUUCUUUGCUAACAACGUUCAGCAUCAAACAGGAGAAUCUACCAUCCUUAGUGGUCUUGCUGUCUGUUCGGGCUAUGCGGAGACCUACAAAGCUAUCGCCAAUCAAGCCGGGCUCGAAUGUGAUGUCGUAGGAGGUCACGGUAAAGGAUUUGGCUACACCCCGCUCAAGGAUGGUGAGCCCGUUCCUCGGGCUAACCCCAGCGGCCAUGCGUGGAAUGCCGUUAGGAUUGACGGAGGGGGGUGGAAACUUAUCGAUGCCUGUUGGGGUGCUGGCAAUGUAGAUGGUGCAACGCAAAGCUUCAACAAGGUUUUUGAACCUCUCCAUUUCAAUCAGACCAACGAGCAGUUUGGUGCCCGACACUUUCCCGAAAAGCCGAAAUUCCAGUACCGCGAAGACAGUCGUACCGUUAGCUGGGAAGAGUACUAUAAAGGCCGCGCAGAUGGCGAACCGGUCACUAUAUUCUCGAAUGUUAGCCAGGAAGGCAUCAGCCAAACUAGUAUGGAGCCAGCAAACAAGCAUAUCCAAGUCUACAGCGGCCAGGUCGUUCGAUUUCAAUUUUCCAAAAUUUGCCCGCAUUGGAAGUCGGAAACAAACGGCCAAGGCAAACCACCGCUGUUUGUUCUCAACAUGCAUGGCCUCGACGGCCGCAAGGACGACAUGGUGCCUAUCGAGACCGACGGAUAUUGGCACUGGCUUGACGUCAAUGCUCGAGAUCUCGGAGCACCUGGUCAAAAGGUUGAAGUGGUGCAAAUCACUUCUGUUGAUCACAAGGAUGCUCGCGGCCUAACUGCACGCGACUUUUUGGCCGCCAAGGGCAAGAAAGCUAUGGCGUUUUCAUUCUUGACGCAGUGGGUACUUCAGUAA